AUGAAAUGUUGUUUUUACAUUACAAGGACACAACAAACAUUUUAUCUGACUCCAGAUGAAAUAGAGCCACAUAGAGAAAUCCAAUCUAAAAGAUUUGUACCUAAGAUCAUGUUUAUGUGUGCCGUUGCAAGACCAAUCUUUUCUAGUGAAGGUGAGAUGAUUUUUGAUGGAAAGAUAGGCAUAUUUCCUUUUACACAUGAAGUGGCAGCACAAAGAAAUUCAAAAAACAGGAAGAGAGGAGAGCCAGAAACCAAACUAAUACAAUCAAUCACUAAAGUACACACGAGAGAUAUGAUUGUGCACAAGAUAUUACUAGCAAUUAGAAGUAAAUGGCCACCACAUUUAAGCAAAACGAUAUUCAUUCAACAGGACAAUACUAAGCCCCACAUUUUAGAUGAUGAUGUAGUGUUUAGAGAGGUGGCAACACUUGAUGGAUUUUGCUUCCACUUAGUGCAACAACCUCCUAACUCACCAGAUAUGAAUGUGCUUGACUUAGGGUUCUUUAGGUCAAUACAAUCAUUACAACAUCAAAAAUUAGCAUAUAACUAUGCACAAUUAGUAAACGCAGUGAGUGCAGCAUUUGACAAUCUACAUCCAAACGCAUUGAAGUAUGUAUGA